AUGUCGUCAUUACUCUACGACUUGGCGCUCUCGCCCUUCUACGACCGCCUUGUGCAGCUCUGGCCUCUGUGGGUGCACCCGAACGCGAUCACCUGCCUUGGCGGCGCCGGCGCCGCCGCGUCGCUGCUCGCGAUGCGGCGCGGCUCAUGGGUCGCUGCGUGCGCGGCCUUCACUGCGUACCACAUGCUCGACAACAUGGACGGAAAGCAAGCGCGACGCACUGGCAAGUCGUCGCGCUCGCUCGGCGUGCUCGCUUCGUGCCAGAUUUGCUGCGACCACCUCUUUGGCUACCCAGCGGCGCAGCGGUUUGCGCUCUGCUGCGGCAUGUCAACCCUCCUCACCUGCCACGUGGCCGAGCGAUGCUCCGGCCGACCCACCCUCGGCACCGCCUAG